AGGUUUCCUGGUGCCCGCAAGGCCUCAGCGUCCAGAGCAGCCCUUGGCACGCUCGUGGCAGGAGGAUCACCUCGACUGUGCUGUUCUCAGAUUACAGCGGGUGUCCUUUUGCUUCUGUAUUUUCUUGCACAGUCCGUAGAGUCGUGCAAGUGUCCUGUUGCUCCCCUUUUUCCUUGCACAGUCUGGGGACGUGUGCAAGAGGGGGGUUUUUUCUAUUUUUUUUCCUGGCCUACGGACUCGAGCAGCACUGCUCAAACCAUGGAGCGAGUCCGUAGAGCAGUCAGCAGCGCCUUUUCAUUGGCGGCUUCUCGGAAAGCUUUUCAUCGUUUGACUGGUCGCCUCAGACGUGGAAGGAAUCGAGGGCACGUUUCGGUCCCUCAAGGAGAGGUCCUCGCCAGUCAGGACUCCUUGGUCCAGGCAGGAAAGGCGGAGCGGCAGGAGAGCACGGAUAGAGUGCGCGGCGCUCAGGAGUUCAGGUGGAAGCAGUUGUCUGCAUUUGAGGGAAAGCACCACUCCUCACUAGAGAGGGCGUUUGAAGUGGCGGCACAGACAGCGGAGGAAUCACAGCCUCAGAGGGAUCUGCUGAAGGAAGCAGUUCCUCUGGCAGCGCCAAAGGUUUGCCGCCUGCAGCGGCCAGCCCACAGGGGUCUGGAGAAGCUGCUCCAGGAGUUCUCUCGCCAAGGGCACGCGCUGUCCCAGGUGUGCAGAGAGAAGGCGGUGCUGGCGCAAGAGAACGCUGCCCUGGAAGCCCGACUGGCAGCCACGGAGCGGGACCUACGAGGCGUUUCAGAGCAGCUGGCAGAGGCCAGGUCAGAGAAGGAGAGGCUGCAAAGCAGCCUGCUGGAGGCUCAGCAGCACGUAUCAGAGCUGGAGAUAGCCAGGAGCCGUGUGGAAGCCCAAGUGCGCACAGCCACGCAGGCCAAGGAGGCGAUACUGGAGGAUGUGAGGGGCCUUCGUCGUGAGCUGCUGGCUGUAAGAUCUCUCAGCAAGCAGCAAUGUGAAGACAUGGCUCAACAGCUCCGCUGGGCAGAAGAGCAGUGCAGCAAGGCUCUGAGACUCUGGCAAUCUGCUGAGGAAGCGAAGGAAGAACUGAAUAUCAAGCUGCAGGCAGAGCUGCAGGAUGCUCAGAGGAAGAUGAAGGCCAUGGAGAAGAGGCACAAAGAAGAAAUGGAAAGGAUGCAUAAGGUCCUGCUGCAGUACAGCCCAGCUGAAGAAAAGCAGAUGGACGCAGGAUCUGCCAUCAAAGCUGCCGCUGCAGCAGCAUCCUCCGAAGAAGCCUCCUCUCCGCAGCCCGAAAACCCGAGCGUGAGCAGUUCGGCCCUCUCAAGCCGGGAGAAAGAGAAGCAGUUCCUGAAGCUGCUGAGGCGUGUGGUGAGUGUUGGAGAUCCAGUGAAGAAGUACACUGGAUGGAAACGUAUUGGCAGUGGGGGGUUUGGAACCGUUUAUAAGGCCUUCAACGCUGCCACAGGACGAGCGGUGGCCGUAAAGCAACUUAAUUUCCAGCGCCAGGGCUGCGAGGAUGUGUUGAAGGAAAUCCUGGUCAUGAAGGAAUAUAAGAACCCCAAUAUUGUCACCUACCUAGAAAGUUACCUUGUCAAUGAGGAUGUCCUGGUGGUGUUGGAGUAUAUGGAUGGAGGCUCCUUAGCUGAUGUGGUCAGCAUGAAAAGGAUGGCUGUAGGACACAUAGCAACAGUGUGUCGGGAGUGCCUGCAAGGCCUGGCUUUCCUUCAUGCCAACCAGGUGAUCCACAGAGACAUCAAAAGUGACAACAUCCUUCUGGGCCAGGAUGGCUCCGUCAAGCUGGCCGAUUUUGGCCUCUGUGCUCCGUUCAGCCCUGAGCAGAGUAAACGGAGGUCGAUGGUCGGGACCACUUGCUGGAUGGCACCCGAGGUGGUGAGAAGAGAGCCAUACGGCCCCAAAGUGGACAUCUGGUCCCUUGGCAUCGUGGGAAUAGAAAUGGCCAAAGGAGAGGCUCCUUAUAUUCGGGAAACCAGACAGAGGGCUAAGUACCUGAUAGGCAAGCAAGGCGUACCAGACCUGCACAAGCUCAGGCUGCCCUCUGGCUUGUGUGAAUUUCUGGGCUGCUGCCUGCAGAUGGAUGUGGACAGGCGAGGCUCUGCCAAGGAACUUCUGCAGCAUCCAUUUCUUCAGUCAGCGGAGCCUCUCUUAAGCCUCUUCUGACAGCCUGAUCGCUGUCAUCCCUGCAGCCAAGUCAUGCAGGAAGCAAAGGAGAUGACAAGGACCACUUCAGCACCUGGAGAACUGAACCUGUGAGAACAGAUCACAUGGGCCCCUGCCAUCUAAAUCCCAACUCUAAGGGCUUUUCAAAUGAAAAGGAAGGAAGGAAACUUGCAGCGAAGCAAUCGAGGAAGCAGAAGAGAUGACCAGGACCACUUCAGGACUACUUCCUCCAAAGGCAGCUUGGAGCUGGACUCACAAUAAAAGUCCUAUACACCCUCA